AAACAAAAACAGUAGGGGUUGUUGCCAAACAGCGAUGUAACACACGAUCCAAAAGCAGAAAGCAAACUUCAUUCACUACACCAGUUGUUGAUUUCGAUUGUGGAACGCACAUAUGUUUCACCCAAUAAAUAGGAGAACAAUAAUAAUAAAAGAAAAUGAGCAAAAAAGCUUUGUCCAUUUUGAUGCGCGCCAGAAUGAAGCCCAACGAUCGUACAAACCUUUCUCUCUCUCCCAUUCCUCUAGCCAACGUGACGAAUCAAACGCAGCAGCAGAAUUCUCGCCAAAACGGAUCUCCAGGUGAAGGAAAUGCGGUGCCUAAUGACUCCGGCAACUCCGAGAGAGAGUUUAAGCGUGUCCGUUCCUCAAUGCACUCUGCCAUAUCAAUGAACAAAACAGAAGUUCUGGAUGAUGUUCUUAACAACUUCUCGGAGGGUUAUUUUAGUCUUUCUCAUGAAAACCGUCGCAAGUUGCUUCUUGUCCUUGCCAGAGAGUAUGAUCUCAAUCGAUCACAAGUGCGUGACCUGAUAAAGCAGUACCUUGGACUUGAACCACCUGCUGACAAAACUCAAGUGUGUGAUUACGAAGAUGAAAGCUUGUUUUCUCCUUUCUAUCGCAUUGAGAGGAAUUUGAGACAUGCCCUUCAGCCAGUUUAUGAAGUUCUUUUUGAGCGUCUCAACACUCAUCCAGGAGGGUUGAGGAUCUUAUCCAUUCUUCGAGAAGAUAUCCUAACCAUUCUAGCAGAGGAAAAUAUUGCAUCUCUGAGAGCAUUGGAUUCUUAUUUAAAGGAAAAAUUUGUUACAUGGCUUAGUCCUGCUGCCUUAGAGCUUCACCAGAUUACAUGGGAUGAUCCUGCUUCUUUGCUGGAGAAAAUUGUUGCUUAUGAAGCUGUUCACCCAAUUAGCAACCUUCUAGAUCUUAAGAGAAGGCUGGGAGUUGGCCGUCGUUGUUUUGGGUAUUUACAUCCAGCUAUCCCUGGUGAACCCCUAAUUUUCAUUGAAGUUGCACUGCUGAAGGAUGUUGCUCAGACUAUACAGGAAGUUUUGUGGGAUAGUCCUCCUAUACCUGAAAGUGAGGCAACAUGUGCCUUGUUCUACUCUAUAUCAUCAACUCAGCCUGGCUUAGCAGGGAUCAACUUAGGAAAAUUUCUUAUCAAACGAGUUGUAACACAGGUGAAAAGAGAGAUGCCGCACAUUUCUACCUUUGCAACUCUAAGUCCCAUCCCCGGAUUCAUGUCAUGGCUUUUAUCCAAGUUAGCAGUAUCUCAGACACUACUUGCUGAAGGAAGCAAUUUGUCUCAAUCACAAGCCGAUGGAUCUAGUUCCACUUUCUAUGAAAAUAUAUUUAAACCAGAGGAAGAAGAAGCACUUAUGAGUUUAUCUAAGGAUAUUGCCUCGGGAAAAAAUGGAAUGGAUUUGAUGUUUAACUUGCUUACUUCUACAUCCUCUAAGUGGAUACAUUCUCCAGAACUUCGUUCAGCAUUAAAAGCUCCUUUGAUGCGUUUGUGUGCCAGGUACCUUCUAAAAGAGAAGAAAAGAGGAAAAGCUUUGGACUCUGUAGCAAAUUUUCACUUGCAAAAUGGAGCGAUGGUUGAAAGAAUAAAUUGGAUGGCUGAUCGAUCAGAAAAAGGUCUUUCUCAAAGUGGAGGGAUCAUGGUGAACUACGUGUAUAGGUCGGAUCACAUAGAAGAAUAUGCCCAUUCAUACUUCAGCAAUGGUGAAAUUCACGCCUCAAGUGAUCUACAUCACUAUGUUGAUGAAGCGGAUACUGCUUAGCAUCAAUUCAAAUUUGAUAGAAGAUAAACUUCAACCCACAGUGGCAAAUAAUUGUGAAGUCUGCUUGAUCGGAGCAUAAAGGAAGGUUUCAUUAAAACUAUAGGACAAAUGCAUUGAACUCUAAAACCGAGGAUGCUUGUAUCUUUAAUCAUUGAUUAGUUCUGCCGGAGUACACUGUGUCACCAAUCCAAUUCUUUGGCAAAAUUGGGUAGGAGACAUUUGCUAAACUGCACUACUUUAUAUGGCAUAGCACGAGAGGUGCGAAGUAGACAAGUUAUAUUGAAUAGACUAUGCUUGGUAAACCUCAAGCUAUACAUCUCAGGUGAUAUUUGUAGUUGGUAUUCUGACAAGAAAACCCUAUAUCUUAGUGAAGAAGGUGAUUUUAGUUGUGUUGGUUGGAAAUCAUAAAGUGUAAACUGUAAACUAUCAAAGAGAAACUAUUUCCUUGAACAUUGAGAAUUGAAGGUAAUGCUUGUUGCUUGUUUGUUUCA